AUGAGCACUCAGAUCGAUUUGCAGUCCAGGAUCGCGGCGCUGGGUUUGGUGGACCCGACGGACCGGCAGGAAGAGCCCGAGCGCCGGCCGGCGGCUCCGUUGGAAACGCUGGAGGGUUUGAGGGGAGGCUUCCUGGACAACCGCAAGGGCAACGCCGACACGAUCCUGGAGGCGAUCCGUCAGCGCCUGGCGGACGGUUACGGGAUGACCGACUCCGUGGUGCGGUCCAAGUGGGUGUUCUCAGCCCCCGCGGCCCCUGAUAUCAUCGACGAACUCGCGGAGUGCGACUUCGUGGUGACUGCGGUCGGAGAUUGA